AUGGUCGACCGUCCUAACAAGCCCGCCGCUCUAGCGACCACGCCUGGUCUGCCUCCUUCCGCCCAGGUCAACAUUACUCACGACAACAGCCGUGUCAACGCCGUGCUUCCCUCUGGAGAGAGUAUCGAGGUUCUAUUGUACGGUGCCACAGUCCUGAGCUGGAAGGAUCGCGCCGGCAACGAGCGACUCUGGCUGUCCGAGGGUGCCAAGCUUGACGGCAGCAAGGCCGUGAGGGGCGGUAUUCCCUUGGUCUUCCCCGUCUUCGGCACAGCUCCCAACCACGCCGCCACCUCCAAGCUCCCGCAGCACGGUUUCGCCCGCAACUCGACCUGGGAAUUCCUGGGCUCAUCAACCUCUGAGUCGACCGGAAAGUCGGACAAUUCUGUCAAGCUCGACUUUGGCCUGAGCCAGAACAACCUCAGCGAGGAGUCCAAGAAGCUGUGGCCAUAUGCCUUCUCCCUGCAGUACAGCGUUACCCUCACCAGUGACAAUCUCGCGACCGGACUGGUCGUGACCAACCAAGGCGACCAGCCUUUCGAGGCCCAAGUUCUCCUCCACACCUACCUGCGCGUCAACGACAUCUCCAAGGUCACUGUCACCGGCCUCGAGGAUUCCGAGUACGUGGACAAGGUGGCCGGAACCCCCAACCCGGUGAAGCAGUCCGGCUCCAUCACCAUUUCCGGCGAGGUCGACCGCGUCUACACCCCGAGCAAGGGUCCCUCUGAGCCCGUCGUCGUCAGCGAGGGCGGCGAGGCCAAGUACAGCGUCGUCCGCGACAACCUUGAGGACGUUGUCGUCUGGAACCCCUGGAUCGACAAGGCCAACAGCAUCGGCGACUUUGAGCCCAAGGACGGCUACAAGAACAUGAUUUGCGUCGAGGCUGGCGCCGUCAAGGGCUGGCAGAAGCUCGAGGCUGGCGAUGCCUUUGAGGGUGCUCAGGUUAUUUCUGUUUGA